AUGCUUCUGCAACAUCACAACAACAACGAAUUCAUCGCAUCAACGAUCCGUAACAACUUCACACAAGGAUUCAAAAUAAUCGCACUGAGUAACAACGCGCAGACAAAUACGCACAAAUCAGAAAGCGAAGUAGAAGAUGGAGAGGACGAGCACGAGAACAAACCUGAGUUCUUGAAGAAGCAUCCUCUGGCCAUUUCGUCGUUGACGGUGAUGUCAUUGAUUGAAGGACCACCAGAGUUUGCUUCCGGUAGCGGCAAAAUCGUCAGGGAAAUAAAGAGGAAGCUCGAGUUGGGCGCCGUUGAGUCGCGAAAGAGAAGAGGCGAAGAAAUUGUGUUUCACGAAGAAUCUGAAUAG